GCACGGAGAGGUGACACCAACAUCUUGUUGUCUCUCCCUCCUUUAAUAGGUCCACAUAUUUAGAGACAGCAGAUGCCCAACAGCAGCUCCAUCAGCGAGUUCCUCCUGCUGGCAUUUGCAGACAGGUGGGAACUUCGGCUCCUGCACUUCUGGCUCUUGCUGGGCAUCUACCUGGCUGCCCUCCUGGGCAAUGGCCUCAUCAUCACAGCCGUAGCCUGCGACCCCCGCCUGCACACCCCCAUGUACUUCUUCCUCCUCAACCUCGCCCUCCUUGAUCUAGGCAGCAUCUCCACCACUGUCCCCAAAUCCAUGGCCAAUUCCCUUUUGGACAGCAGGUCUAUUUCCUACUCAGGAUGCGUUGCCCAGGUCUUUUUCUUUGUCUUCUUGGCUGGAGCAGAGUUUUCUCUUCUCACCGUCAUGUCCUACGACCGCUACGUUGCCAUCUGCAAACCCCUGCACUACGGGACCCUGCUGAGCAGCAGAGCUUGUGCCACCACGGCAGCAGCUGCCUGGGGCUGCGGGUUGCUCAGUGCCGUACUGCACGCUGCCAAUACAUUCUCACUGCCUCUCUGCCAGAGCAACGCUGUGAACCAGUUCUUCUGUGAAAUCCCUCAGAUCCUCAAGCUCUCCUGCUCACACUCCAUCCUCAGGGAAAUAUGGGCGACCGCGGCUGUCGUCUCUUUGGCAUCCGUGUUUUUUGUUUUCAUUCUUUUCUCCUACGUGCAGAUCUUCAGGGCUGUGCUGAGGAUGCCCUCUGAGCAGGGACGGCACAAAGCCUUUUCCACGUGCCUCCCUCACCUGGCCGUGCUCUCCCUGUUUCUCAGCACUGCCUUUUUUGCCUAUUUGAAGCCCCCCUCCAUCUCCUCCCCGGUCUCAGAUCUGGUGGUGGCCGUUCUCUACUCCGUGCUGCCUCCAACGCUGAACCCCCUCAUCUACAGCAUGAGGAACACGGAGCUCAAGGUUGCUGUUAGAAAAGUUAUUUCCAAGGAAUCCUAUAAUCACAGGAUGGUGCACUGCUGCUGA